AUGUUGCUGCUCCAACGAUGCUCACACCUCACUUCCCUCCACCUCCUCACCUCCACCUCCUCCUCCUCCUCCUCCUCUUCCUCCUCUUCCUCCUCCGCCUCAUCCUCCUCCUCCUUCCCUUGUCUCGACUUCUUCCCAUCCCCCGACCUCCCGCCUUUUCACAACCCCUCGUCGAACACCAUUCGCCUCCCUCUGACCAUCAUCCCUCUCUUCACCCGUCUCUCCCACCUCUCGCUCUCACUCAAAACCAUCCCUCCCUCCCUCCUCCCCUCCGUCCCGUCUCUACAAUCCCUCACCCUCCACGUGUCAGACCCUGCUUGCACCGUCACCUGCUCCUCCGCCCCGUUCCGUCACCUCUCGUUACUGUCACAUCUGGAGCUUCAUCUGGGCCCUGAUUGGGCGAAAGCGUAUCCGGUCCCACGGCUCUAUGAAAACACGUUUUACGGGCUUCAAGAUUCUCUCACCUCCCUCGCUCUCACCCUCCCGUUUAUGGCACACCUCCCACUCUCUAUAUGGGAACUAACCGCUCUUCGCUGCCUCUCCAUCCGCAACCCGGCGUUCCACCCGGGCGUGCAGAGGCACGCUUACGUGGCAGGCGUGUCCGGGUUGCCGCAUUUGUCCUGUCUGCAGCUGCUAGGUCAUCCGGUCUUGUAUUUGGACUCGCUUCCUCGCUCCUCCCCUCUUCCCGUUCUGCCCAAGCUCCAAGUGCUGGUUAUUGGCAUGUACGUCAACUCGGGAGCUUCUCUCUCUUCCCUCUCGCAGUUUCUUUCGCUGCACACCCUCCGCUUCAAUGGCAUAUUCAACAGCUAUGGUGGGAUAGUUGACGGAACGGUGUCGUGCCCCCCGAACCUCCGAAGGCUGCAGAUAUGCGCGAAAGAGCUAACAUGUCUGCCGCGUUUCAUAUGGAGAUUCGCAUCGAUAAUUCAGCUGGACCUCAUGAAUUGCGCCAAGCUGAAGACGCUGCCUAAAAAUUUGUACUCGCGGUUUCCUUCUCUUCAGUGCUUGAGAGUGGAUGGUGGUGGCAUUUAG